CAUUGUGAGGAUCAGAUCGCAUUCAUUCAUUCAUAACGACAUCUCAGAUAAAUAUCACCACCUCUCAUCACUGGAAUUGGCUGUUUUACCAUCAGCAUCCUCCAGAGACUUACACAAGAUGCGGGUGUUAAUCCUAUGGUUGUCUGUUCUCAUGUGCUUAUCUCCAGCCCUGAUAUCGGCUUAUCGUGUAACGGCGUUAGAGGGUGACAAAGUGGUUUUACCAUGCACAUAUCCUUGGAUAUUCAACAUCUCCGUGUGCUGGGGCAGAGGAGACUGUUCUGUCGGCUGUGACAAUCCAAUCGCCAGGGUUAAUGAAGGAAAAGUGUCUUGGCUAGAAUCUGACAGAUACACUUUCCUAGGACCCACAGGAAUAGGCGUAGUGUCCCUCACCAUUGCUGACGUAACACUGGCUGAUGCUGGGACUUACUGCUGCUUUGCGAAGAUUAUAAAAUAUGACGCUGAACCGAAGACAGAGGUAUCUGUAGACAUACAGCCAGCCCUGAUAUCGGCUUAUCGUGUAACGGCGUUAGAGGGCGAGAAAGUGGUUUUACCAUGCACAUAUCCUUGGAUAUUCAACAUCUCCGUGUGCUGGGGCAGAGGAGACUGUUCUGUCGGCUGUGACAAUCCAAUCGCCAGGGUUAAUGAAGGAAAAGUGUCUUGGCUAGAAUCUGACAGAUACACUUUCCUAGGAUCCACAGAAAUAGGAGUAGUGUCCCUCACCAUUGCUGACGUAACACUGGCUGAUGCUGGGACUUACUGCUGCUUUGCGAAGAUUAUAAAAUAUGACGCUGAACCGAAGACAGAGGUAUCUGUAGACAUACAGCCAGCAUCACCAUCACCAUUUGAUGGCCACCCCGAUCUCACAAAAGAUGGAUCUUGUUUAUUGAAAACAGAGAUAAUCAGACAAAUUGGGUAA